CACAGAAACUACAUUUUGAAAUCGUUUCCAAGUGGUGGUUGAUUAACAAUUAAGGAGAAACUAUGCCCGGAAAAAACAAUUCCCACGGAAACAUUAUGUUCCCUAUACGGUAUCUGAUGGCAAUUAUGGGUUCUAUCGGGCUCGCCAUCAUCUACGGGUUCAAGGUAAACGUGAGCGUGGCUAUCGUAGCUAUGGUGAACCACACUGCUGUAAAGUUAUCCACGUUGCAUCAACUGGAAACUGAGAAUAAGACUGCAAUUAGUCUGAACGAGUGUCACUACGACAGUGCUCUUUCCAAUACAACCAAAACUGUCACUGAGGAUGGCCCAUUCGUGUGGAAUGAACCUUUACAAGGUCUUAUUUUAUCAUCAUACUUUUGGGGAUAUAUGGUAUCUUUAAUUCCGGGUGGAAGAAUGGCUGACCUCUUAUCUGCUAAAUGGGUGAUGAAUGGAUCGGUACUUCUAAACCUCGUGGCAUCUAUAUUAUCACCUGUUGCUGCUAACAUGCAUUAUUCUCUUUUUAUCCUGAUGAGAGUCAUUCAAGGAAUAGGUGGUGGUGUAACAUUUCCCGCAAUGCACGUUAUGGUUGCCAAGUGGGCUCCGCCAAACGAAAGAAGCGUCCUUGCCUCGAUUAUUUAUGCAGGAACUGCACUAGGUACUGUAAUUUCUAUACUCUUAACGGGAAUACUGGCUGCUAAUCUCCAAUGGGUCUGGAUAUUCUACAUUGAAGGUAUACUUUGCCUAUUUUGGUGUAUAGCGUGGUGGAUUAUGAUUGAAGAUAAUCCAGAAAAGCAAACAAGAUUUAUUAGCCAAGAGGAAAAGGAUUACAUUAUGCAAUCCUUGGGACAGAGCGAAAAUAACGGCGAACACAAUGAGAAACCAACAGUUCCAUGGGGCAAGGUGUUACGAUCCAAACCAUUUAUGGCAAUCUUAAUCGCUCACUUUUGCAGUAAUUUUGGCUGGUACAUGUUGCUUAUCGAAUUGCCUACUUUUAUGAAUCAAAUACUGAAAUUCGACAUGAGCUCCAAUGCUGGUCUUUCUUCUAUGCCAUUUUUAUGCAUGUGGAUUUUCACUAUGGUUCUAAGUAAAAUACUUGCCACUAUGCAAGAAAAAAAAUUGAUUACGGUGACAAUGUCUAGAAAAAUUGGAACAUUAUUUUCAUCUGUUGUUCCCAUGUUUUGUUUAAUAGGAGUAUCAUAUGUUGGUUGUAGUCGAACAUUAGCUGUUACAUUAAUGACUAUCGGAGUAACUUGUAUCGGUGGAAUGUAUAGUGGAUUCUUAUCAAACCAUAUUGAUAUUGCUCCAAAUUUUGCUGGCACUCUUGUUGCCAUUACAAAUUGUGUUGCUACUAUACCUGGAUUUGUAGUACCAAUAUUUGUUGGUAAACUAACACACGGAAAUCAAACUAUAGGGGCAUGGAGGAUUAUAUUUUUUGCAACUGUCACUCUAUAUAUAAUUGAGAUAUUAGUCUAUACUAUUUUUGGAAGUGGAGAAGAACAACCUUGGAACAAAACUAAACCAAAUGAUGAUGAAGCUAGUGAUCAAACAUUACCACUAAAAGAAAAUUCAACGAAAUAAAUGUAAUUUUUAAAUGUAUAAUUUAAAUUACUUUUUAACAAAUCUUUGACUUUGUACUGCAUAAACAUUUAUUUUAAUAAUCUUA